CCUCGAGGACCAGAGACGUCUGGCAAGCUUCGCCUCUUCACCUGCAAGGCCUACGGGAGUCAAACCUCCCUCCCUCGCUCGCUUGUUUCGCUAGAAGCGGCUCGGACUGGGCCGUGGUGGUCGCAGACCUCCUCGGGGAGAGGAUCAUGAAAGAGGAAGACCUCAUUGGAGAAGACGACGAGAUGCCAUCCUUCAGAUACAGGCCAAAUGGCCGGAUGAGGACCAACUGCAGCCAGUGCGAAAAGACCCUGACGCUGCAGACGUCCGUCAAAGUCCUGUAUGUCUUUGUCGUCUUGCUCAUUGUGGCUGUGGUGGUGCUGGCAGCUCUGGUCUUCAAGAAGGUGGAUUCUCUAGCUGACGAUGUUAACUCCGCCCAGACAUACUAUGAGAAGAAAAUUGAGUCGGUCCAGGAGAAUCUCCAAGAGCUGGAUCAGAAAUCCGCGGGCAACUGCUCCUUCUGCCACGAUGCCGGCCAGCUGGGACAGGAGAUCAGCAGGUUGCAAGAGGAGCUGGAGGAGAUUCAGAAGAAGCUCUUGGCGCAGGAGGUGUUGCUCGACCGGGCUGGCCAGACCCACCAGCAGCUCUCGUCGGCCAGCAACAAGAUCAACGACGAGGUGGACAGUUGCUUCUCCGCCGUCCAGCGAGUCAACCAGAGCCUGGCGCUCUUCCUGGCACAGGUGAGGGGCUGGCAGGGGGCCACUUCUGAGCUGGGCAGCUCGCUGAAGGAGCUGUCGCAAGAGCGCUUCGACAUGGAGGCCGCAGUGCAGCAGAUGAACUUCACCGUGGGCCAGACCUCGGACUGGGUGCACGUCAUCCAGAGGAAGAUGAACGAGGAGACCCUGACGCUGCAGAAGAUCGUGUCCGACUGGCAGAACUACACCCGCUUGCUGGGGGGCUUGAGGACCACCUCCUCCAAAACCGGGGAACUGGUCAAGGGCAUCCAGACCAGCCUGGGCAUCACCUCGCAGAGGAUCGGCCAGAACUCGGAGGGCAUGCACGAUCUGGUCUUGCAGGUGAUGAGCCUCCAGCUGCAGCUGGACAACGUCUCCUCCUUCCUGGACGACCACGAGGAGAACAUGCACGACCUCCAGUACCACGCCCGCUACACUCAGAACCGGACGGCCGAGCGGUUCGAGACCCUCGAGGGCCGCAUGACCUCCCACGAGAUCGAGAUCAGCACCAUCUUCACCAACAUCAACGCCACCGACAGCCACGUCCACAGCAUGCUCAAAUACCUGGACGACGUCCGGCUCUCGUGCACGCUGGGCUUCCAUGCGCACGCCGAGGAGCUCUACUACCUGAACAGGUCGGUCGGCCUCAUGCUCAGCGCCACCGACCUCCUGCGGGAGCGCUUCAGCCUUCUCAGUGCCCGCCUGGACUUUGACAUCCGGAACCUCUCCAUGGUCAUGGAGGAGAUGAAGGCGGUCGACACUCGCCACGGGCAGAUGCUCCGAAACGUCACCGUCUUGCGAGGUGUCCCUGGCCCCCCCGGCCCUCGAGGAUUCAGAGGCGAUGUUGGCGUCAAAGGGCCGACCGGGAGCAGAGGAGCAAAAGGCGACUCCGGGAGCCUGGGGCCACCUGGGCCCCCAGGAGCCCAGGGCCCCCCGGGCAACCCAGGCCCUCCAGGCGAGAGGGGCCCCAUGGGCGCAAAAGGCCUCCCUGGCUUCAAAGGGGCCAAGGGAAGCUUCGGACAAGGGGGCGCCAAAGGGCAAGCGGGCCCCAAGGGCGAUGUGGGGGCCCCAGGGCCUGGGGGGCCACCGGGACCACUUGGACCUCCUGGGCUGCAGGGGAAGCCGGGCAUCCCAGGGAAAAUGGGGCCACCAGGCCCCAUUGGGCCAACCGGGCCAAAAGGGGACCCUGGGAUUCAGGGUCGGCCGGGGUUACCAGGGCCCCCGGGACCCCCGGGAAUGUGAGCAGUUCCUUUGUCCCCCAUACAAAAGGGCUGGUGGUUGAUGUGUUGGAGGUGGGCAGACGGACAGACUCUUUUCUACUGCAGGCACCUGCCCCCCACACCCAUGGAAGGUGCAGACCCACCACCCCAGCUCCUGCCCUCAUUUAUUCUGCACAGUUCAGGGCACCGUUUGCAGCAGCUUCGGGGAAACUGGAGAACCACCCAAGGCAAAGAGUUGCAGCUGCUAACCUCCAGCCACCCUCCCGCCUUGUCUCAAGCACCUUCUUUGCCCUCCGCUCCCCCCCCCUACUGCCGCCCCAGGACCACUGAGAUCCAGCCGCUAAACAGAUCACCAGAUCCCUGGCUAUUUGACUCCUUUGGUCAACCUACGCGAGAGCCGGGGAAAGAAGGGAGGGUGUUUUCCAUUGCAGUGGAAGAGCAAAAUGUGUACAUGUGUAGAUUUGGGUGUGUGCAUAUGUGCGUGCGAAAGGUUGCCACCUUUUCCCCUUGCCCUGCUCCUGCGCCUUUUAGCACAUGAAAACGCACAGUUAAGCUAUGGAAC